AGAACAGCUUGAAUGACAUCAUUGGGGUGUUAGUGAGACACACAUUCAACGCAGGGCUGCCCCAAAGCAAGCAGUUUCCAUACAGCUUCUACGUGGCUCGGGCAUGAGUUUGUAUUUGGAUAUUAUGCACCACAAACUCAAAAGCAUGUUGAGGGAGCUGGAAAACAAAGCACGUGAAGGUGCCUCAAUGCUUCAAACAUCAUUGCCUGAAUUUGGGACGAUUAAGAUCAGGUCAAGGCAGGGAGGGUGGCAGCUGAUUGAUGCUGGCAAAGGACUGUCAGGAUUUCAUGAACUGGAGCAUCAAGCCAAGAGCUGCUCUUUGGCAACAUCUGCAUAACCCACAGUGCCUUCUGGGAAUGGAUUUGCAAAUGGCAACCCCCAAAAAAGCAGCACCAUGUCCUCCCCAGGAGGGAAAGAGGAUGCCAUGGUGAGUUCUGUGGCUCAGCUCCAUCCUGUGGAUACAGCUUUUCCUGUAAGAAACAUCAGAUUUGGGUCCAAACACCCUGGGGAGCGUGAGAGAGAGAAGGGCGUUUGAUGCACACGGCCAGCAGGAAGAGACAGGAGGUGAUGGAAGCAGAGAGUAAAAAUAGGAUGGAUGAAAGAGGGCACGGAAGACGAGGAGGAGGAGAGCCACUAAAACCUAUCCAAAACCAAGAGCAAAAUUGUUCGCUUCCGUAGGUUAGUCACAAUGAAAACAUUUGGAUUUCAUCACUUCCAGCUCAAGAAAAAUAGCAGGGUCAGGCAGCAAGGUCACUGGGCAGGUCACCAAACCUAUGAGCUGAUGGACUACACCUUGAGGCUUGUUCUACAGAAACCAACUCACCUCUCUCAUCCACUUUAGGCAUGGCAAAGGGUAGGUGUGAGGGGAGAGCAUCCUCCUUGUCAGCUUGCUCACCUUCCUGCCAUCCUUCCCAGCUCCCUAUGGACAUUGCUAGGAACGACUGACCAUGGCUCACUGAGCUCUGCAACACCAGGCUACCAAAAACCAACCACUCUGAUGAGACUGAGCAUUGAGAACGUUUUUCUCGAUGCUUAGAGGCACAGCACACCUGAAGAAGGGUCUGAGUGCUGCAGCACCUCUGAAUCCAGAAACAGAGCAUUAUUGCACAAAGAAACACCCAAAGAAGUUGUAAAGAUGUCUGCGAACAGCUGUGUGCACCCCACUGGGCACAGCCUUCUCGCUGUAUGGUUUUGCCACAGUGACACCCAAUGUAUAUAUUGAACCACCCCUUGCAGAGGGGUUCGCAGGUGUGCUGUGACCCCCUCGCUGCUUUCUGCGGUGAGUAUUUCAGCAAACUGGUGUGAUGCACAGCUCCAGUGCAGAUUUUAGUGAGCAGGAGGAGAGCAGGGAGCCAUGCACUGUCUGCUGUGGACUUUGGGGAAGAAUAGAAGCCAUUCCAGGGCUGAGCUCAUCUCUAACCCCGGGAAAUGACUUCAUGGACACUGGUAUUUACUCACAAAAACACCGCAUGUCAGAUGUCUCUGACUAGACUUUCUGUUUCAAGUCCAGUAUGAGACAAGAAUUUCCUUGGACGAGCGGCUCCGGAGACAAUUCAGGGCUUGGAGGAGGAAAAGAAGAACCAGAAGAAAAAUGUCUGCAUUUGAGAGUCUGAAGGGUGCAAAGAGCUAAGUGAAAGGAAAAAUCAAGAUGUGGGGCUGCAUUCCUCUCCGCUUUGUCCAGAAGAGAAGGCUGCUGCCAUGAGUGGGCUCACACCCAGCUCCUGUGUGCUUUCAGUGCUUUUUUCUGCCCCAGGAACAGUCUCUCCUCACGGAUGUCCAUGCCAGAAAACCGAUGCGGUGCAUGCUGGCGCUGGUCCCUGAUGGGGCCACGUUUGGUCACAACAGCAACAGACAACAUCCUGAGCGCUGGCCACUUCUUGCCAUCCAUCAGCUCCACUCCCACAGCCGGCUCAUUAGGACUAAAAGCGGAUCGCUCGUUAAGCCAGCAGGGCAGGGGUGCCCACCUCCAGGUUUGCUGCAGGGAAUGUUUGCGUCGGCGUUGCCUUCUCCAGAUGCCAGGGGCUGCAUACAUCUCUGCUAAUAGCAGCGAGCUGCCGGCUGUGCAGACGCACGGAUGCUCAGCACUGGAGCUGCCUGACUUGCUGCGGGGACGGGCAGCAUUUCUCUUCGCUUCAGGGCAUGUGUGUGCCAGCUGCUUUAAUUGAAGCUGAACCACCCCACCACCCCACCACGGAGGGGGUCACCAACGCCUCGGCCGCUCACUGCCCGCAGCACUGGGUCGAGCCCCGGUUCACGCAGGCUGCAAAGGUGCGCGUGGCCGUCACAGCCAUCUUCUUCUUGCUGGCAGCAUGCAGCAAUACAGCAGUGCUGGGCAGCCUGCUGAGGAAGAGGAAGAAGUGCCACGUGCGGCCACUAAUUCUCAGCCUGGCGCUGGCCGACCUGCUGGUGACGGUGGCAGUGAUGCCCUUGGAUGCAGCAUGGAAUGUGACGGUGCAGUGGUACGGCGGAGACCUUUCCUGCAAGCUCCUCAACUUCCUCAAGCUCUUUGCCAUGUAUGUGGCUGCCCUGGUGCUGGUGGUCAUCAGCCUGGACCGGCAUGCUGCCGUCCUCCAGCCCUUUGCUCGUGCCCGACGCCGCAAUGGGCUGCUGUUGCGUGCUGCAUGGCUGGGCAGUGUGCUGCUAGCAUCACCCCAGCUAUUUCUCUUCCACCUGCACACGGUCCCAGGAGGGAACUUCACACAGUGUGUUACUCACGGCAGCUUCCGAGCACACUGGGAAGAAACUGUCUACAACAUGUUCACCUUCACCACCCUCUAUAUCACCCCCCUGAGCAUCAUGAUUGUUUGCUACGUCCGAAUCAUUUGGGAGAUCAGUAAGCAGCUAAAGAUCAACAAAAGUCUGGUAAGAAGUCAAAAUGACCACAUCUCCAAGGCACGCAUGAAGACUCUCAAGAUGACCAUUGUGAUUGUUGCCACCUUCAUCAUCUGCUGGACCCCGUACUACCUCCUGGGCUUGUGGUACUGGUUCCAGCCAGCCAUGAUCCAGAGGAUGCCUGAAUACAUCAACCACAGCUUCUUUCUCUUCGGCUUGCUGCACACAUGCACCGACCCCAUCAUUUAUGGGCUGUACACCCCCUCGUUUAGAGAGGACGUGCAGUCGUGUCUCAGGGGAAUUGAAGCAGCCAUUACCAGGCAUGAGAGACACAAACCCGUCUUAGUCUCAGAGAAGACCACCAAAGAUGGGGCUGUCAAUGGCCAGGUGGCAUCGGGUGGCUCCAAUGGGACAACCGUUAACACGGUGUGCUGAAGAGAUGUACCAGAAGGAGACUAGCAGCAUCAGGGGCUGCUUUGUCUGGAUGAUUUUGGAGACAAGUCCACUGACUGACUGUGGGGGGUGUGGGUCUAUAGCCAUAAACCAUGAACAUUUCUCCUGCCUGUACUGAGAGUGAAUCCUCAGGUAGGAGCUACUCUCUCACCCAGCACAAGGAAGAUGCAGCAGAGGGGCUGGGCCUCAUUUAUUAGAGACCGACAAGCCUGAGGUCUUGUCCAGUCUUCUCCUUGCUAUGGCAUCCAUAAAAGCAAUUUUGGGGUCAUUGCCUGACCCAUCUCCCCUCAGGCUGCCCCUGUAGGGAGGGAGGAGAUGCUGUGGGGAUGGAGACAGACAAGAACGACAAGAAAGACAAGAGCUGCAGUGGGCUGAGAUAGGAUUGAAAGGGACACAGUGGUGUCUCACCUCAUGCAAGGGUGGUGUGGAUACGUCCUUACGUAGCAACAAUCUGGGACACAGGAUUGACCAGGAGUAAGUAUUUGGGGUAACCAAAGGGUGAGAACAAGACCUGCUGCUGCCUAGCCCCUCCCAACUGCCAUCUUGCACGUGCUAACAGAACUAAACCCACCUUUUCUCCUCCCUGCUUUCUCCUUUACCAUGCACUCAUGUCUGCUUUGCCCUACCACCCACACCUCACUGCUGACUCCAAUCAGAGUGCAUGCAGCCAGGUGCACUUGAUGACCCUGUGCAUCCUAAGGAGGACUGUGAUGGGAAACACCUGUGGGGGGAGGGCUCAUCAGCUGCUGUGGGUGCCAGCUGGGUGCUGAUGGCCUUUAAAUGCACAGCACAGAGCAGAGAAGCUGCUAGAAGAGGCAGGGUGGAGGAAGGAAGGAAGGAGGGAGUUGGCUGAGCUCUGGUGAGUAAAAUGGUUUAUUUUUUAUUUUGUUUUUAUUUAUUUAUUGUCUUUUCAUUGCUGUGCCAGAAGUUUAUGGAGGUCUUUGUCUUUAGGUGUAUGUUGAAGGUAUGAAUUUAUUCAGCUGUGUUGUUAUCUCCUAUGCAGUUAGGGGUAAUUGAUUACUUCUCUGUGAGAUGCUUGUUAUUAAAUGUUUGGGGUUUUUUUUGUUUCUGAAGGCAGCUUUAGUUGGAGCUAAGAGGAGUUCUUUAGUGCUGCUGGUUGGCUGUUUUUUGUUGUGUGAAGUCCUUGGGCAAAUGAGGUUCUGGAUUUGUCAGGAAACAGUUCUGAGUAUUUUUGUGACUACUGUAGCUUUGAAUGAGCACUUGAGUUCUAUCAGCAUGAACUUAUUAAUAAGACUCUUGACUUGUGGCUGUAAAUGUGUGUAUGGGGAAGCUGAGAUCCUCCUGGAAAUCAAUUACUUUAUGAGAAGCCUGGAGUGAUGAAUCUCUGUUGGUAAGAAAGGACCUGGACUGGUCUCCCAGUGCCCAGCCCACAAAAACCAAGUGGGGUUUAAACAAAAGGAGUGGUAAGUGGUGUUUGCUGGGCAGCUGUGGUGCUUUGGGUGAUAGCAGGCUGGGGACAGAGGUUGAGUACUUGCCUUUCACUAUGUUAAGCAUUGUCUCAACGGCUCAAAGGGAUCAAUCAGAGCUGUAAGAGCCCAGUCAGCCAACUGGGAUUAAUUUGAGCCCUUCAGAAAGCAUCUGAACUCCAGUGAGAUAUGUAAUUGCCUUUUGGCUUUUCUGGGCUUGCUCUACUAGAGGUUAAUUAUGCAAUGCCAGCAGAGUAGGGCUCAUGGUGCCAGGCUGUCUUGGUUUGACUGGUGCCAGUAAGGUUUCUUCAAGGGUGGUGGGGAAGGCAACUUGCUCAUCAGACCCUCCUUUAGCAACCCUAUCUGUAGCAGGGGCUUAGAACUAGAUGAGCUUCAACGUCCAUUCCAACUUAUGCUAUUCUACGUUCUACUGGUCCUGCUGUAAGGCUGAAGAUCCCUAUGGGGGGAAAAAUGUGUUGGUUGUUUGAGCCUUGAAUUAGUGGCGAAGUGCGUUUAAUCUCUUAGAUAUUCUUUAGUGAAUUUCUGCUGAGUGGGAGCAAAUUGUAUCCAGACUUAUUUAAGGUCACUUGUCUACUCUUGUAUGGUGUUAAGAGAGCUUGUAGGCAUUUAAGAAGUGUGUUUCCUUUUGGGAGGGGCUUGUUACCUUUAUGGCCUAUAGGUAUAGUGGGAGAGCGUAAAGUGUUCUGGCUUUGGGAUAUUUUUAAGGAAUUCUUUCCUACGAGGGUGGUGAGGCACAGGGAGAGGUUGUCCAGAGAAGCUGUGGCAGCCACAUCCCUGGAGGUGCUCGAGGCCAGGCUGGAUGAGGCUUCGAGCAGCCUGGUGUAGCAGAAAGCGUCCCUGCUCAUACUGGGGAGGUUAAACUAGAUGAUGUUAAAGCUCCAUUUCAAACCCAUGCUAUGAACUGUGGCACAAUAGGAAAACUCUUCUCCUUGGGAUGCUGGGGAGGACACAUCCCUCAGUCCUUGGGAUGUGGUCCCCAAGAUGCUUGUGGGUGCUUUGUGCAUGCUGUGCAUUACUCCCUACUGCUUUCUUUCUUCCCUUCUCUGGUGCUUAAAGGCUGACAUUUCGGCGAGCUCAGAGCAUGGGCAAGAUGCCCAAAGUGACAGCUUUCAUGAUAGAAGGGAAAUGUCACUGGGGGAGUGUGCUGCCAAGCAGUACCCUGCUCCUCCUCGCCCCGCGUGCUUCUGCUUUCUGCCCUGGUUGCCUGCCUGCACAGCCUCAGCUGUGGCACUGAGGGACAUGGCCCAGUGGGGAUGGUGGGGAUGGGCUGAUGUUGGACUUGGUGACCUCUGGAGGUCUUUUCCAAUCUUAAUGACUCUAUGAUUCUAACCCUCUGCUUCAGACAGUGUUUCUUUCUUCAGGAAGAAGCUCUGAUUUGUUUUCCAUUAGCGUUUUUAUAGCGCUGUGCGUGUUCAAAGAGCCACACAAGUGGCUUAAGAGCUUAACGGAACCUCAGGUUAAUUCAGAAUAUUGUUGGUUAUUCAACACAACACUCUCAUUAAUUCAGUUGACUGCAUCUCGCCACGUUGGGAAACACAUGAUCAGCAGGGAGCACAGAAAACAAGCACCAGAGUUGGCUAUUAAGUAUUUUGAUGGCCCACUAAGAUAGAAUGCAUUCAUUUUCCUAUUGCCUUUGAGAUCAGCAGUCCCAGAUGGGGCUCUAGAGCUCCAAAGAACCACCAGCCCAUGGUUCCCUGCAGCCCCUCUCUCCUGUGGGUCUGCUCAAACCCGGGAGUGGAAAAAUCCACUCUUUGGUAUUGCUGGUUUAACACAGCGCUGGUUUAAAGCCAAAUAAAAGCCCAGACAGACACUGGGAGAUAGUGCUGAAUGGCCACUAUGCAUUAAUUCGUUCUGCUUAUCCUUCAGGAAAUUUCUCUAUGCAAAGGAGCCUUCAAACCGUGCCAUGUUUCUUCCCAUCUGUUCCUUCUGCCUGGCUGCUGGGCUCCAGGUCUGUGCCUUUCCCUGCAGCAAAGCAACCAUCCAUCAAACAACUGCUGCUUCAGCCCCUUCUUUUUCAAAGGGCCCCGGAUAUCCCAUCUGUUCCCAAAGAUGUUUUACUUGCAGGCACACACCAAGGCUCUUACCAACACAAUACCACCCUCCAGACAGCACCAAACAGCUUUAGGAUUUCUGCCUGGCAUCCUACCUACCCUAAACCCAUGGCACAUUAAAGAUCACUUGUUGAAAUAGACCAAAAGCAGGCAAAAAAAGUCUCAGAAACACAAUGCAUGUUUCAAACCCCAAAUUCCUAGAUUGAAAUAUCCAGCUACUGUAGCUGAAUCUGUUGUGAAUUGUUGGUUUAUGUAUAUUUUAAUUGCAAAUCAGAGCUAUAAUUAGCACGUAUGUUUUGUGGGCUGUGGCAAUGCAAUGUGCUGUACCAGUGAGCAUUAUUAAUGGACUGUAAAAGGCAAUGGGGAAUUGGACUAUAAUGUUCUUGUUUUGCAAGCUGUAUGGUGAAUAAAUAAAUUGGUCUUGGCAGUAAAAUUAA